AUGGGAAAUAUUAAAGCUCGUCGAGAGAUUCACAAGAAGGGCAACUGUAUACCAAACAUGGACAGUUGUCACAGUAACGUUAAGCAGUGCUUUUUUAGUUUCGAAGAAUUGCCCAAACUGCGACCGAAACAUGAAAUGAAAUGCUCAAAUGACCGUAGUCUAAUCAGCAAAUCAACCAGGCAAUUUACCUUGACACGGAUCUAUCGUUCGUCCUCACAAUCAUAUCCUUAUCCACGAACGCAUACACUCGUUGUUGUUUCUCCUUCACGACCAGUAAUGGAGAAUAAUGCCGAAAAAGAGCAUACUAAAAUGCGACCACCACUGAAUCGUACCAUACCACCAAUACCCGAAUCGAAGUCCAGUGAUUCCAUUAUAACUCAUAUCUCGGAAAAACGUGUUGAAGCUCAUGAUGAACUGGAGCCUUCAACUUCCCGAGCUAUUCGAGAACCUUCAUGCGACAAAUUCAUAAGAGAGCUUGUUCCAUUAUUUACCGCUAAGGAACUACAGAUAUCUCCAGAAAAAAUCAGGUGUAAUAGAUCAGCAGUUACCGAAAAUAGAAUGGCGCAUAAUUUGGUAGCAAAAACUGCGGUAAUCAUUUCCAACCAUACCAAACAGUCAGAAGAUGUGCCACGAAGCCCGUUGAUGACUGUUGCCCACUCAGUGCGGUCAAAGCUUACAAAACUUGGAAAUCGUUUUAGUCGGUCAGAUGGAAAUCAAAAUAUCCGUACCAGUAGCAGUUUAUCUAGCAUGCGUCGAGGUCCAGUCGCUAAACUGAGUUAUGUACCACCUAAUGCGCAAUGCAAGAAAUCAGCAAGUAUGGAAACGCGAACCAAUCAUGAUUCUAACGAUUCAAUCAAAUUUGUUCCUUCUAAACAAGCUCCAGGAAGCAAUGCACUGAGAAUCCCAAGAAUUCCGAGAUCACGAACAUCUUUAAAUAAUCAGUCAUCACGUUUGGAAACUUAUAGACAAAAUGUUUUAUUGAAUCAGGAGAAAUGUUCCAAAAUUAAGAAUUUGCCAUCCAGAUCGGGAAAUGAUGCGGAAACGAACUCAGGUGUGAAAGCUUUCAAGAUACAUUUGGAACCAAGAACUGUGCGGAAUGUUUCACCAUCUGAUAGGUCUCGUCAAUUCAAUUCAACCAUUCUAACAUUUACAAUGACGGCUGAAGCUCGCACUUCCAAGAAUGAAGAAAAUAUCAAAGAAGCGAAAAUCAAGCCGACAAUGAAUAUUUUUGUGAAAAGUGAUACAGGGCAAGACCGAACAUCCAGUGGAAAAUCUCAACAUAACAGAAAUGAUCAUGAGCAGAUGAAAGCAGGAAGUACCAGUCGACAAAAAUCUUUUAUACCCCUCUAUACAACAUCACGAAAACUGCCUGCAAGUAGAUCAGGUACCGAGAUGAGCCAGGCACCUUUGGCAGAAUGUGAGUCAUCCUGCAUUGAAAACUCGCCAGCUGUUGAGGUAUCCCCGCUAAAAUUUAUUCCAGAUGAGAUUCAUUAUGGAUGCAUAAAAGAAAGUUCGAAGGACAGGGCUACAAAAUCACAGAUAUUGGGCUCUAGCUCAUCAACAAAUUCAGUGAGAGAAGCUUGGAAACAAUUUUUGAGCAGUGAGUUAACUUACAACUGUGUCAAAGCAACAAAGGAAAAAUCGUUAAAUGAUAAAAGAAAGUGCGUUAUCGACAAAGAUGGUUGUACAAUGACCAAUGUUGCACUGCGAGACGGUUUGUUAAAUAAUAAUUUACCAGACAAUUCUACUGAUUGCUUCUGUGAUAAUGAUGUCAAAUCAAGGGACAAUCCAAAUGGUUUCGUUUCACCAACCGCUAUGACAUUAUCUGGACUUACAACAUCCUCUGGUUAUCAAUAUUUUCCUGACAAAUUUCCAGAUAAAGAUGCGGAAUUGAGUGAGCAAUUUGUCGAUAUGACCAUCAUCCAAAAGUUCGUCUUUCCUGGAUAUUCAUUUCAGCUCGUCAAGGGUUACUAA